CCGUCAAAAAAGACCCUAACAAUUCUUAAUGUUCGUUCACAGCCAAGAAAGCCAGCAGCAAGAGUGUAGUUGUCCUGUUGACAGAGAGGAACUUGACCGCCAAAUGGACAUAUUUCCCGACAAAGCCACCGAAAGGAAGAUUCUUUCGUUUAAAAUAAAAUGCUCCAGCGAUGGUUGCGAUUGGAGUGGUGAACUAAGGGAAAAAGAGGAUCAUCUAGCGUCUUGCAGUUUCAAGCUUGUUUCUUGCACCAACGAAAACUGUCAAGUGACGAUUCAAAGGAAAGAACUUGAAGAACACGCGACUAACUCGUGCCUGUGGAGGAUUGUAGUUUGUGAUCACUGUAAUGAAUCACAUCCAAAGUGUCUGAUUCAAGAUCAUGUUGAGAGGUGUGAGAAGAAGCCUGUGGAAUGCCCAAAUAGUUGUGGCGAGAUUAUUGUUCAAGCAGAGGUAGGUGGCUCAAUUUCGAUCCACGUCUCAAUAGGUUUGUAUUUCUUUCAAGUUGUCUUUAUAUUAAAAUUUAACAAAAAGAGUUUUAAACAGAUCUAAAAAACGUUGAACAGAAAGGAACGGAAUUGAACGGAAACAUGACUAAAAGCUACAUAGGCUACCAGCUCGCGUGGAUGUAAACGAAUUAAAGAAGAAAUGGGUAGUAAAUAUCUCCAGAAGAAGACUGGGCAACGAAACAUCGCUAUAGCUACUGAGGAAAGGACUGAAUUUUGCUAUAACGCCACACACCGUACCCACGAUGGAUGCACUCGAUUCUGUUGAAGCCGCCAUAUGCCACCUACCUCAAGAAAAUGAGGACGUAACUAGAACGGAGGUUUACAGAGCUUUAAAGCAGGCUAAACCACCAAAACAAUGAAACCUGACGAAAGCUUUCAAAGAACUAAAAAGAGACGAAAACAUCGUAAUCAUCAGAGCAGAUAAAGGGAAUUGUACAGUCGUCAUGGAGAAAACCGACUGCCGUAACCAGAUUCAAGAAAUACUGCAAGAUCAGAACGUCUAUAUACCAAUCAGCAAUAAGAGGCGCAAUCCAACAUCAAGAACAGAGCUUGAGUUACAGAAAACACUCUUGGACCUCAAGAA